AUGGCUCGAGAAUACUACAAAGAUUUAUUUUUCAGUAAUUAUAAUUUAGAUUAUACCAAACAGAUAUUUUACGGUGUAAAACUCGCGAAGAAAGGAUCAAAACAUAUUAUAAUAAAAUGGAAAACUCGCGAAAUAACUGACAACACAACAUAUAAUAUCAUAAUAUUUCGUGGUUUAGUCGAUCAACCACUGAGAAUAAAAACUCAUUCAAAAUCUCCCAAACGUUUCAUAAAAAUACCUGUUCAAUUGAAACAAAAACACAGAGUGAUUGUUGCUCAGUAUUGUGAUGGUAAACUUGAUUGGCCAAUUCUUAUCGAUUUUCGGAUUCCAUGUGACAGAUGCCCAAUUCGUGCUAAACAACUCAAUAAAAUCAGACGUCGUAGGUGGAGAUCAGAACAUGAAAAUAAUCAAAUACAACUACAUCUUAAAUGA